CUCGCAUAGCCGGAAGUAGACUUACCAGUGAAGGGGGGGACAUAUUUAAGUAAUGUUAAAGCGAGUGAGUUAAUAACGUAAUGAGACCAAUGAGAUGUAUAAUUGCAAUUGUGGAAGGUCUGGAUAUCAUAAGCUUUGUUUAGGAUGUCAAAAGAGGACACUGAACUAACUACUGAAUAAAGGCAUCUCACAUCCCAUAUUUCCUGCUUAUGAAUGUCCUUGACAUUGCCAGCUAUGAGUGACAGCAGAGUGGCCUCCAAAGGCCCCUAUAUUUCAGUCAUCACCAACAGAACCACAAACGUGGUAAUACGUGGGGCCAUGCUGUUUGCUGUGGGCGUCUUCCUGGCACUGGUGCUGAACUUACUUCAAGUGCAGAGGAAUGUCACCCUCUUUCCCCCUGAUGUCAUCAGCAGUAUCUUCUCCUCAGCCUGGUGGGUGCCCCCCUGCUGUGGCACAGCCUCAGCAAUGAUCGGGCUAUUGUACCCCUGCAUUGACAGACAACUGGGUGAGCCACACAACUUCAAGCGGGAAUGGUCCAGUGUGAUGCGUUGUGUGGCUGUGUUUGUGGGCAUCAACCAUGCAAGUGCUAAAGUGGAUUUUGCCAACAAUAUUCAGCUGUCUCUGACUUUGGCAGCCCUCUCCAUUGGACUCUGGUGGACAUUCGACCGCUCACGUAGUGGCUUUGGUCUGGGAGUUGCCAUUGCUCUGCUGGCAACAAUGACCACUCAACUCCUAGUUUACAAUGGAUUGUUUCAGUAUACUUCCCCAGAUUUCCUGUACAUUCGCUCCUGGUUACCUUGUAUCUUCUUCGCAGGGGUGAUAACUAUGGGAAACAUAGGACGGCAGCUAGCCUUGUAUGAAUAUAAAUUAAUUCAAGAAAAGACCCAUCAGGACUGAGGAAUCUCUUGGCUCAAUCAGGUCUCUGCUCGAAGUGAUAUUGUCUUUGUACCAUCCUGAAACCAGAGGUCGGAGAAUAUCUGCAUGCAGCACAACGUAGACCAGACCAGGCUGAGCUAAGCCAGACCAAACCAGGAUCCUGGACAAGUCAAUCAGGCGUGUUGGCUACAGCAGAGCCAUGAGCUCCUGACUAGCUGCCUGGUGUUGCCCACUGGACCAGUCAGUGUUUUUGGCUCUAAUCAGGCCAUGUGGAUAUGCAAGCAUUUGCUGGCUGCAUUCUUCUAACUUGAGCUGAGGUGAAGCCUGAGAAAGGAGUUGUUUUGGUGCAGUUUAUCUCUUCUUACCUGCAAAGGGAUUAGCAGUGAAGUGUCUGUUUUUAAAAUCAGCUCAGGUGUUUAACGUCUUUGGCUCCAUGUAGGGCUGGGCGAUAUCUCGAUAUUUUAAUAUAUAUCGAUAUAUUUCUAAACGAGAUAUAAUACAGGACAAUAUCGCUUGUAUCGAUAUAGUUAAUUUUGCGUUAAAAUGACAAUACAUCGGCCGCAAGUUCGCACUUAUUUCUCCUCUCCCACACACACCGGCGCGUCGCACCCGUGGGGGAGGUGGGUGUUUUAACACCCACACUUUUCCCGGAGAGAGGGUUAAACACCCACACUUUUUCUGCAGUUUUUCCUCAGUUUUGCUCAAAAGCCUGACUACAGUCGCUCCAUUUCAGUGCUCGCUGCGGCUGCCUCCUCUGCCCCUCCCUCUCCUGUUGUUGCCUCAAACAUGACACCAGCUUUGAGUGUGACGGCUGAUGAUUGGCUGUUCUGCCUUAAGUCCUGCCUCUCUUGGUGUGUUAGAUUUAUCGUUCAGCUUGUGCUGAGGAGGCGGCAACUAGCUGGUUCAUAGUUCACACUAUAGAGUUUUGACUUAUUUUCCAUUACUGUCAGUCACUUUUGGACAUAUGGAAGCCCGAAGUUGUCAAUAUUGAUAAUAAAAUAUAAGACAUUAUUUAAUUAUCAUUUCAACAAGCUGUGUUAAAUAUCUAUGUGAAAUAAUUGAGAAAAUUGUUCAAACCCAGUUAAGCAUUCAUUUUCGCAGAUACAUUUUUAUGUUAUUAGUCAUGUUUGUUUCAAUUUUAUUAAGUUUGUUUUUAUUGCUGUUAAAAUUGUAACAGUAUUGUAUUUUUGAAUUAAUUACUGUAUAUUAUUGUCAUGCAGGAAAGAGCUUUGUUUAUUUUUAAAGGAGCAUUUUUAUUUUAGUGACCUCUGACAUUUGGCAUGUGGCUUUAACUUAUAACGGACUGUUUGUUUAUUUUUUGAAGGGUUUGCCUCUGGAAAACAUUUUAUCUAAUAUGCUAUAAUGUUUUGGGGGGAAACCCCAAUUACAUCACAGAAAAAAUAUCGAGUAUCGCCAUUCAGCUAAAAAAUAUUGAGAUAUGACUUUUAGUCCAUAUCGCCCAGCCCUAGCUCCAUGGUGCCAAACAAACAGGGAUCACUUUCUUUCACAUCCUUCAUGUAUCAUUGAAGAACAUGUAGCCUAGUUAAUUUAUAGAAAGAUUUGUAGAAAGAUGUGCAUUUAUACCACAACUUUUAUUGUGUGCGAGUAGUCUAUUUCUACACUUUCUUUUGUGAUAAGGAAGUGAUGUGUGUACUAUAUGCAGUGUUCAACAGCCGUGGGGUUUUAUACUGACACACUGAUGUAUAGUAUCACUGCAUCCAAAUGGAAGGAUUGACUACUAAAGACUGUGUAAAGCCUAAGUAGGAGGUUUCUUUUAUACAUGAAGACUGAUUAGGACAUUUUCUCUUGUAAUUCUAUAUAUGGAUUUUAAAAAAGCAGGGAGCUUUUUCACUUGCUUGUUGAAAAUGGUCCAAACCAGCAUGCAUGACAUUUUUCCAAGUUCUUCUUUUAGCACAAAUGUAAGCAUUCUACUCACCAUGACACUGUAUGACUAUGAAACAGUAAAUACUAGUAAAAUUAAUGCACAGUGGAUUUCCCUCUGUAUAAUUCACCUCAGAAUCACCAAAUUUAAUUGAGGUGCACAGUUAACUUGCCCACAAAGAAAACCGAUAUUAUGUUUUACAGUGUUAAAGUCUGUUUAAAUUGUUUCACUGUGUCAGUUGGUGUUUUUGGUGGGUGAAAGUAUUGUACUGUACAUAUUAUAAAUGACACUUCUGAGUCUUUAGGAACUAGGACUGGAUCAUUUAAUGGUAUUUUUUUAUACUCCUUCCUUUGUAAUAAACUCUAAUGAUUAUAAUUAUAAUUUCAGCAUUAAAAAUACUGUACCAUUACCACAGUGUUGUAUUAAUAUUCAAAAAUGUAGGAUAUUUUAAAUGGAAAACACAAUGAAUAAAAUAAAGAAAAAUAGGUGGUGGAGCUUGUUAUAUCAACACUGUAGACAGUGUAGCUACUAUGAGAAAUAAUUUAUUUAGGAUGAAUUAGUUAAUAGUUACAAGCAUUUUAACAGCCUCUUAAACCUGAGCAUGUGCAGUUUGUUUGGUGUAAUAAAUACAAUGAACUGUUGUUAA